AGAUGGCAAGAAUCAGACGAAUGGAGAAAGCUGUUUGCUGGAGCGACGACAGAUACUGGGCAACUUGGGACAAGUGGGGAGAGGUGAUUGACUGGGGAGAUGAGAAAGAGCUGUGCUCCCCAGCAGAAUCACCUUCUGACCAGGCUGACAGUUCCACUGAGUCACAUUCCCGAAGGCGAAUUGCCAAGGCAGUUAGCUGGACGGAUGAUGCUUAUUGGGAAGCCUGGGACAAGUGGGAAGAGAUCAUCUGCUGGGGUGAUGAAGAGGAGUGCUCCCAAGUAACUCCACCCACUAGCCAGCUUGGGAGGGAUAAGGGGAUAGAUGUACAUGGGUUGGAGGCUUUUGUGAUGAAUAACAGGACAAUCUCCAUAAAGCCUGUAGACAACCAUCGAGACAGUCUGGAGAUAGGAGCUGUGCUGGUAGACCUCUGCCAGUUUGAUCUCGAAUAUUUAGAUCAAAGUAAAUUUUAUUUUGAAAUUGUACAAGUACAAAUUGGAGAAGUCAAAGUGGAGGAGACUAGAGAAAAGGCUUUUGAAAAAGCAUUUGAAUUGGAAAUUGUGGAUGUGGCAGUAGAAGUUAUAAACAGUGAAUUCCAGCUGAAUGCUAUGAAUUUGGAUAUUGUUGAAACUAAGGUGGACAAAUUAUUAUUGGAAGAACUGAUCGUUGGCGAUUUAGAAGCAGGCAAUGUGAAGGUGUCAGUGUCAAAUGGCAAUGUGGUGAAGGUACCCUUAAGGUACCCUUCACCACAGAGGAACAGAAGGACCAGGCAACCUUAGACCAUACUCUCUGGUGGUUGACUCGUGGCAACUGGACUUGUCUCUGAAAGUUAGAAACGUUUCGCUGCUCAUCCAAGCAGCGUCUUCAGACUGAGGGAGGUAGUAAGUGUCCACAUAUUUAUCCUCCUGGGUAAGUAGUAUAAGGGGGCUCGUUGAGUGAAACAAAGUGGGGGGGGGGAGUUGCGGGUAGAUGUAACCAGUCCCUCCUACUCCAAUAGAGUGGGUCGUUAAGGGUGGUCCACCUGGUGGAGGUGUGAAUUGGGUCUGUUUUUUUCCUGGGAAUUAUUUUUGUUUUGGCAAAUGAUGAGAGGGCCGCAGGUUAAAUUGGAGACAGGUUGUGCCUAAUGCCUCUACCUCUGUUGAGUGAGGGGUUGUGCAUUUGCACAUGCAAAGCUGCUUGGACGAGCGGUGAAACGUUUCUACCUUUCAGAGAGGUACAAUGUCUUUGGAUGUCUUUUGUCUUAUGCAGUCUGGGAGUUGACUGAAUGCUGGGGCGGGGGUAGCUUUUCCUUUGUAGUGGGGUCCGGUGGGGCGCCUUGGGCUCUGUGGGGCCCGGUGGUGCUGCUGCCUUGGGCCCCGGUCUGGAUGGGCCUGGGCCCCCCUCCCUGGAUGGAUUUCGGGGAACGGGGAGUGCCUAUGGGGGUCAGCGGGGGAGCUGGCUCCGGGGGGGGAGGUAUUUUGCCCCCCCCCCAUUCCUUUCCUCCCCAUCCCUAAAUGCUUCCCUCCUCCCGCUCCAUCACACCACCACACAUGUAGGGCUUUGAGGUGUAGGUGCGUUGCUGGGAUGCAGGGUAGGUAUUCCUCCUCUGUCCCCUCGCGACCACCUGUACCUCAUUCAUACACUACAACGUAGACACUCUCAUUACUUACUCUCUCAUGACACAUACAUUUAGGGCGUUGGGGAUGGGCACACAGAAUGGCAUCCAGAGGGCGGUCUGUUCAUUCAGCCUUACCUCUGGUGCCAGGGCCCACAUCUCAAUUUUAAUCACACAUAGACAUUGAGGGCUCUGGGGAGAGGCCGAGCUAACACCAGCUGUUGGUCGGCAGGGGGUGGUUAGUGCCAUGCCCUUCACCUGUUUUAAAAGCACUUUAGAACAACACACACCAACACCACAUCUGAGCGGGCGAAGGGGGGCAUGGGGUCUUUUCACACCCCCGUUCCCUGUUCGCCAUUUGGGGCUGAGAG